AUGGGUGACAUUUCCAUGGAACAGAUAAAAAAUGAGAAUGUUGAUCUUGAGAGAAUACCAGUUGAACAAGUCUUUCAGCAGCUAAAAUGUACAAAAGAAGGGUUGACUACAGCAGAAGGAGAGAAAAGGCUUAAAAUCUUUGGCCCUAACAAGCUUGAAGAGAAAAAGGAGAAUAAAUUUCUUAAAUUUUUGGGUUUUAUGUGGAAUCCUUUAUCAUGGGUCAUGGAGUCAGCUGCAAUCAUGGCCAUUGUUUUAGCCAAUGGAGGAGGCAAGCCACCAGAUUGGCAAGACUUCAUUGGAAUCGUUGCAUUGCUUCUUAUUAACUCCACCAUCAGCUUCAUUGAAGAAAACAAUGCAGGCAAUGCUGCUGCUGCUUUAAUGGCUGGUCUUGCUCUUAAAUGCAAGGUGCUAAGAGAUGGAAAAUGGAGCGAGCAAGAAGCAGCUAUUUUGGUUCCAGGAGAUAUGAUUAGUAUCAAGUUGGGGGAUAUUAUUCCAGCUGAUGCUCGUCUAUUGGAUGGAGACCCACUAAAGAUUGAUCAAUCUGCUCUUACCGGUGAGUCACUUCCGGUCACAAGAUAUGCCGGAGAUGAGGUUUUCUCCGGCUCAACUUGCAAACAAGGUGAGAUUGAGGCUGUUGUUAUUGCCACUGGUGUGCAUACCUUUUUCGGCAAGGCAGCUCACCUAGUCGAUAGCACCAACAAUGUUGGUCAUUUCCAACAGGUGUUGACAUCCAUUGGUAACUUCUGUAUAUGCUCAAUUGCCGUGGGCAUGAUAAUUGAGAUUAUAAUAAUGUUCCCAAUUCAGCACAGGAAUUACAGAGAAGGUAUCGACAACCUUUUGGUGCUUCUGAUUGGAGGUAUCCCAAUUGCGAUGCCUACAGUUUUGUCUGUGACAAUGGCUGUUGGGUCUCACCGCUUGUCUCAACAAGGUGCCAUCACCAAAAGAAUGACUGCCAUUGAAGAAAUGGCUGGUAUGGAUGUCCUUUGCAGUGACAAAACUGGAACUCUUACUCUUAACAAGCUGACCGUUGACAAGAGCCUUAUCGAGGUAUUAGCCAGUGACCUUGACAAGGACUUUGUUGUGUUACUUGCUGCUAGAGCUUCUAGAAUUGAAAACCAAGAUGCUAUUGAUGCUUCAAUUGUUGGGAUGUUAGGUGACCCUAAAGAGGCAAGAACAGGAAUUACUGAGGUGCAUUUCCUACCCUUCAAUCCUGUAGAAAAGCGCACAGCAAUCACUUACAUUGAUAAUAAUGGUGAUUGGCAUAGAUGUAGCAAGGGAGCUCCUGAGCAGAUCAUUGAUCUUUGUGGGCUUCAAGGGGAAAUAAGGAGAAAGGCUCAUGAAGUCAUUGAUAGCUUUGCAGAGCGUGGCCUUCGUUCUCUUGGUGUUGCUCGUCAGACAAUUCCAGAAAAGACCAAGGAAAGUGCUGGAGGACCGUGGGAAUUUGUAGGUCUUUUACCUCUCUUUGAUCCUCCAAGACAUGAUAGUGCAGAGACAAUUCGUCGAGCACUUGAUCUUGGGGUCAACGUUAAAAUGAUUACAGGUGAUCAACUUGCCAUUGCAAAAGAAACUGGUAGAAGGCUUGGCAUGGGCACUAAUAUGUAUCCAUCAUCUUCCCUUCUUGGAGACAGUAAGGAUGAGUCAAUUGCUGCUAUUCCAAUUGAUGAACUCAUCGAAAGAGCUGAUGGGUUCGCUGGAGUCUUUCCUGAACACAAGUACGAGAUUGUCAAGAAACUCCAGGAGAUGAAACACAUUUGUGGAAUGACAGGAGAUGGUGUGAAUGAUGCACCUGCACUAAAGAAGGCGGAUAUCGGUAUAGCAGUAGAUGAUGCAACCGAUGCAGCAAGAAGUGCAUCAGACAUAGUUUUGACAGAGCCAGGAUUGAGUGUCAUUGUUAGUGCUGUAUUAACAAGCAGAGCCAUUUUUCAAAGAAUGAAGAAUUACACAAUCUAUGCUGUUUCUAUAACAAUCCGUAUUGUAAUGGGAUUCAUGCUCGUUGCACUCAUCUGGAAAUUUGACUUCUCCCCGUUUAUGGUCUUGAUUAUUGCUGUUCUGAAUGAUGGAACUAUUAUGACCAUUGCUCAGGAUAAAGUCAAGCCAUCUCCUGUGCCUGACUCAUGGAAGCUCCAAGAAAUCUUUGCCAUAGGCAUUGUACUUGGAACUUACAUGGCAAUCACCAGUGUCAUCUUCUUCUGGCUUGCUUAUGACACUCACUUCUUUAUGGAAAAAUUUGGAGUGAGGACAAUCAAAGGUUUACAUGCUGAGCUUACGGCAGCACUUUACCUUCAAGUGAGCAUUAUUAGUCAAGCACUCAUUUUUGUUACCCGAUCAAGGGGCUGGUCCUUCUUGGAAUGCCCUGGAUUCUUGCUUGUUGGUGCCUUUAUUGCAGCCCAAAUGGUGGCUACUCUAAUUGCUGUCUAUGCAAGCUGGGAUUUCGCAAAAAUCCAAGGAAUUGGUUGGGGAUGGGCAGGAAUAAUCUGGCUUUACAGUAUCAUCACUUACAUCCCUCUCGAUAUCCUCAAGUUCAUCGUACGUUAUGCCUUAAGCCAAAGAGCUUGGGAUAACUUGUCAGAAAACAAGACUGCUUUCACCACCAAGAAGGACUAUGGAAAGGGUGAGAGGGAGGCACAAUGGGCUGUGGCUCAACGCUCACUUCAUCGCCUUAAAUCGUUGGAUGGUUCAACUCAUGAUAAGGCCAUCCACAAUGAAUUGACAGAGCUCGCGGAGCAGGCAAAAAGACGAGCCGAUGUAGCGAGAUUGAGGGAGCUUCACACAUUGCAAGGGCAUGUUGAUUGUAGUUUAGAAAAGGGAAUUGACAUUGACACCAUCCAGCAACAUCACACAAUCUAAUAAGGCAUUCAACAAUCUAACAAAGCUAGUCCAUAAUAAAAAGAAGAUAGAGCAACUAAGUUUUAGAUAAGGGAACUUUUGAGGGGAAAGAAAAAAUGAAAUUUAAAAAUGAAGAAGCUAAUUUUAGUUUUCAUUUAUAUAUUUUUUUCUUCUUCAAAUGUAAUAUUUCCUCUACUAAUAAUUAAGGAUGAGAUUUGUUGUAGCUGAUGUAGAAAGAGGCACUAAUAUAUUUUUAUAUUUUUAUUUUCUAUCGAUUGUUUAUGAACCAGCAUCCACCAUAGACUAUGGAUUUCUAAAAACAUGGUUAUUGAAAUUCAUUUCUUUCUUUGUACAUAUGGAGGUAAAUUUUCAAGUCACCGACAAUUAAAUAUCUAAAUCCUUCCCGCUCUCAAAAAAAAAAAAAAAAAAAAAA